AUGAGCAUCACUCAAACAUACUACCUCGCCCACACCGCCCGCAAGAAGCUCACCCGGGAAGCUUCGCGGGCAGACCAUGACCUCCGCCUCCUCGUUGGCCAUGCCAACCUUCUGGAUUCCCUCAUGCUGGAAUUGGCCGAUGCCGAAAGAGAACAAGAACGUUGGUUCAACCAAACCGUCAGCGGAGUGACCAAGACCUCUUCGCAAGGGUCAGAAUCCCGACACAUCCAAUGGGCAGAAACCGUGGUCGAAGACCCCGAGGAGGACUGGGAUCCCGAAGACCUCUCCGACGCCGACUCGGAUGUCAGCGACUCCGACUCCGACUAUGAUGAAGAUGAAUAUGAGGAUGAAUCUCACAUCUAUACCCCCGUGCGUCGGCGGGCCCCGUCACCUGUCGCCAUCAUCACCGAAAAGGAAGUGGAGGAGGAUUACGAUUCCGACUCGGACUCGGACUUUGAAUACGAUGACGCGGAAGAUUUGGAGGAAUUGACCUUGACCCGCUCACCCUCCCGACAAACCCCUCCCGACUUGCUGUCGGACUCGGAUGGGGAAUCUGAAGACGACACCAUGCCACCGUCGCCUCCCCAACCGACACUUGAAACAUUCAACGAGAAGGAACCUCAAACCACAGAGAUUCCCCUCUCCCCUACGGAUCUCGACAAUGGGUAUUACGUCCCUGGCCAGGCACGCAGCACGAUUAUCGAGGCGUACUGA